GGUCAGCGGCUGGAGAGCGAGGGUGUUUCAGUCGUGGCGAAUCCGGCAGCGAUUCGUGCUUAAAUCCCGGCGGACUGCAUGGGUUGGUCUCAGGAUUUGUUCCGUGCCUUAUGGAGAGCGCUGUCAAAAGAAGCGAAACAGCAAGUGGGCACAGACCAGUUUGGGAACAAAUACUACUAUGUCCCCGAGUACAAGAACUGGAGAGGACAAACUAUUCGAGAGAAAAGAAUUGUAGAAGCAGCAAAUAAAAGAGAAGUGGACUAUGAAGUUGGAGAUAUUCCAACAGAAUGGGAGGCUUGGAUUAGAAAAACAAGAAAGAUUCCACCUACAAUGGAGGAAAUACUAAAGAAUGAAAAAAAUAGAAAAGAAAUUAAAAUAAAAAAUCAAGAUCUUUAUGGAAAAGAAAAGCUCCUUAGCAAAGGGAGCAAUGAAGAACUCUUGGCUCCACCAGUUCAAACUCAGAUCAAAGGGCAUGCCUCUGCUCCAUACUUUGGAAAGGAAGAACCCACCGUGGCUCCCACCAGCACUGGUAAAACCUUUCAACCAGGAUCCUGGAUGCCACCAGGGGGCAAGAACCCCAAUCAAUGAAUACACUGUGGUAGUAUUUCAUUUGGAUGUAACAUUAACAAUAAAAGAAGUAAAAAUUACUUUAUUUUCUGACUGUACAGUAAGUAGU